CGAAUCGCAAGGGGAAUCGGACGACUGGCGAACGCUCUCGUUGCACCCGCCGGGAGGACACACGCAGUAGCAAUGAGCGACGAGAGAGAGCUCCAGAAGGAGCUAGACACCAAACUGAAGCUGCAACGCUCGCCCUUUGACGCUGAGUGGCGAGAUGUCACGCAGGUGCGUGGCUCCAAGCGUCCAAUAGAGAGCGAGAGAUCUCAUGCUAAGCGUUUUGAUAGUUGAUGAGUGCAGCGGCCAAGGAGCUUAAGGUGGGACAGCUGGUGCAUGAGGAUGACUUCAAGCUCUUCGACUCCAUGUCGGCGCUGGAGCUUAUGGAUCCCAAGAUGGACUCGGGGAUGCUAGUUAACGGUGUUCCGCCACAGUCUAUCUCUGCUCGACUGGAGAAUGGUUCAGUAUCUCUAGAAUUCUCGUCGCCUCGUGACGUGCUGGCUACGCUAGAUGAACUGUUUUGCUGCGAGACUGGGUGGCUCAAUGGACUGCCGCUGGCGCAGUCGCUGUUGACGAGUGUGUACAUGCACCGAGACCCGCUGAAUGCUCUCUGUGCGCAACUUGUGACUCCAUUGGAGAGCUUAGUGUCGGCGGAUGCGGAUGUGCGGAACGUUCUGAACGAUAAUGUGGGCAACUCGGCGAAAGACUCGCUACUGCUUGUCAUGUGCUCGAUGGUUUUGGGUACGCUGAAGACUUCGGAUCUUGUGCGAGAUGCCGCUCUGCGCGCUGACAUCUACGAGGAGGAGGAUUUUUCGCCUGGAAACGGCUUUGACGUUGGAGUUUUGGCGCCGAUUUCCGUAGAGGCGAUCGAUACAUUGCUGCAGGUGACACAGGAAAGGUUGGAGGUGCUACUUUCACAGCACAAGGCCUCGUCGUCCAAGAAAUCAUCAAAGAAGAAGCAAGGCAAAAAGAGCAGUGCUUCGGCUACAGGAAAUAAUGAGACCGCUGCUGCUUCUGGCUAUGAGCUGUUGUACCCCAACGUUCGAGUUGGUGCUAUGCUGUGCGAGGCACUUAUUCGCCGUGUUCGGCUGCGAAGAGAACUGCUAGCUACGUAUGCUGGUCUAGGUUUGGCCGAGGGGGCUCUGAAUUUGCAACAGGCGAGGGAAGGCUUUCAUCGUGCUUACGAGCUGGUUCAAGGAAUGUCUACUGAGAGACUGGAGCUAGACCCUGAGUGCUUUAGUGGGAAGUCGUUCGGGUUUGAUCCGAGCAUCAGUCGCCUGCUUCUGUCUGGAACUCCUCCGCGUGAUGUCAAAAUGCCGUCUAUUGAUGAGGCUUUGGAGCAAAUGAAGAAGGUGCUGGAGGAAAUGGUGGUUGGUUGCUCUCCGCCGGAAUGGAGGUGUAUGGAAGAUCUACGCAUCUUUUUGGUUGAGUUUUCCAGACAGCAACCCACAAUUGUUGCACGGUCUUACGUCUUGCUUUUCCUGUACGCCGACAGUAAAAUCUACGCCAAAUACAAUUUCAUGGACUGGCUGUCUGCAUCCAUGGUGAUGAACGGCGUACCUUCUGUGCUGCUAUCAACACAAGAAGGCGUGCUGUACGCGUCCCGGUGCAUUGAAACCGUGUACGAGUCACUGAAGGUGUACUUGCACAACCGAUCGCGGCAACGCGCGCGAAUUGAAUAUUUAUUGGACGAGUGGAGCAUCCUUCAAGCGGAAGCAACUGCAGUAGAUGAACGGUUCACCACAGAGAUGAAUAUCCCGAAAGCCGCCUAUCCACGAUACUUUACAGCCUGGUCUCUCGAGGAAUCAGUGCAACUGAUGCUCCAGUACGUGGUGCUGGGUUUGGAGCUGGAACUCUAUUCACCUUCAGAGUUUGGAACGAUCUACUGGUAUCUUGAUUACUUGGAAGGUUCGCGUCUCCAGAACCUGAAUGUGACCUGGACUUUCGUAGAGAAGAUGAAAGAGAUUAUGCCCACUGCACACCGCCACGGAUCUCCAGCAACGGAGAAGCCAAAGGAAGAGAACCAUGUGCCAUCUCCUGCUGAAACCUCAUCUGGUAAAUCCUCUAAAAAGUCGAAGACAAAGCACAAGAAGCACAACAACAAUACUAGCAACACAGAAGCCUCGGAGCCUGCACGUGAGCUUGCUGACCCCACCAAGGCGCGAUUCCUUCGUGAGAUCAAGUACACGGAGCUGCUGCGCAGUCUGAUGCGUGCCUACUUCCAGCUGUUCAACGCACUGGAGCGUGAAGGUCUCGUUCAAGCGAAGACGCCCGCGUAUAGCACAUUUGCCAUCCGCUUCCAGCAUCGCUUUGCGGCGUUCCAGAAGCUUCAUUACCCUGCUGCUCUCACGUACGAAGACUUCAGUCAGAACAGCGACUUCUCUCCGUACGAGGUUGAGCUCAUUUACAAGUCGGCUGAGGAAUGUUUCAAGACGGCACGCUCACACGCUGAGGCGUUGUUGAGUGACGAAGAAGGGGUCAACACUAUCGUCACUAAUGGUGGUGUCGGGAUCGUCCGCGGCUUUGAGCUCCAAUCACUGCUCAAGGUUUCGAUUUCUAAUUGCGUUCGUCUAGCACAACGCAGCCAGAACGCAGGAGGCAAGUCAAAGAAGACAACAGCCUCGAAGGACUCGAAGAAUCAGAUGGAGUUCGACUUCUCGAUCCACCCGCACUUCCCCGUAGUGGUGUUUCCCUCGCUGUAGAGCCAUAGACAAAGAUCAGCAGGUCUCUUCUCUCAGCUGAGCUGAGCGUUCAUAGAAUGAUUUGGUCGGUAGGCUUUAGAGUUUUAGGUAGUUCACAGUACGUUUCUACUGCUGUUUCUUGCUCUUUUGUCGUUCUUUCAGCUUGUCCUCGGCCG